UACCUCUUCCCGACCCUUCAACCGAUAUGUACGAAUAUUAUAAAGUUUUGAUUUGAAAAUUUUAGGCAUGUGAAUAUUAAAAUCAUCUAAUGCGGGUACGAGCUCAUAAACAAAGGAUACGGAUUGUCACACUCUCGACCAAUUUGCUGUCAUUCCUUAGCAAACAGGGUCCAAUACGAAAUGGUUCAACAGCCUUGCCACAACGGAAACUCUGCGAGGAGAACUUGGCCAUUCGGGAGCCGUAUUCCAUCUUGCAUCGAUGGCUGCUUGCGGCACAGCAGCAAGUUCCCCAAUGUAAGCCGAGAGUGGCAUGUGUGGCCACUGUGGAUGCCGCCGGGCAGCCCGUCACUCGGCUGACCAACGUCGAACAGAUUAAUCCCUCCGGCAUAACAUUCUAUACGGCGCUGGGCAGUCGCCAGGCGGGCGAGAUUAGCAAUAAUCCCCAUGUAUCGCUGCAUUUCCAUUGGCCGCAAAUGGAUCGCAGCGUUCACAUCUCAGGAAUUGCUAGUCCCGUGUGCGCAUUGCAGGCUGAACGGCAAUUCGGAAAAUAUCCACGACAAGUGCAGCUCAGUAUGCACGGAAUUCAACUUCCAAAGCUUAUUCUGGGCAUUUCCAUUUAUGACAAGGUCGUGAAGCUUUUGAUCAAGCUGUUUGGCAAGCAAGUGGAAGAAAUUCCCGCUCCUCACAAUUGGGGUGGUUUCCAGCUCAAGCCGACUCUGUACGAAUUCUUUGACUCAAGCCGUGGCUUCCAGGACACGCAAUGCAUGCGAUUUCGACGUUGCCUGACGCUACCACGAGGCAUGAGAAAUCGUACUCUGAAUGCAGAUCGUUAUGAUUGGGUCUUUGAUAGAGGCAUAGAUCAUGAUAAUUAAGAGAUCACUCUGAAAAUUAAAAUUUGUUUGUCAAAUAUAUAUUCAUUUAAAUUGCUAAAA